AAUUCUAGGUUUGUGCACGCCCAUGUGUGCAGUCAUCGAAGAUUUUUGACUUUGUGGUAUCCGGAGGGCCGGCUGUGGUACCCCCAUGGAGUGCCAUGCUCAUGCGUUGGUAUAUCAGGUGCCGCCGGCCCUAUGCCCUCUCAGUUCCUUCUUGCUGACAACUCCAAGAGGGGAAGGAGGGCGAGUAACGGAAUGGACACGAGCAACACAUCUUGAAGGCCAGGUUGCAACAGGUGGAACACAUCAGCUGGAGACUGUUCUGCACUUGAUCCUGCAACCUGCCCUUGAUGAACCAAUCGUCAAGAUAAGGAUAGACCUGGACCUCCCAGGACCUCAGACCCCUGUCGAGACUGCCAAGGCCUUGGCGGCAGAGGCAGCCAGAAUUGCUUCCUCACCGACUGAGGCAUAUACAACCCCAGCCCAGGUCACAGCAGGUGGAACACACCAGAUCAAGGCUCCUCUGCACUUGUUCCUGAGACCUGCCCUUGAUGAGCCAGUCGUCGAGAUACUGGAAGACCUGGACCCCUCAACAUCUCAGACCCCCGACAGGGCUGCCAAGACCUUGGCGGCAGGGUCAGCCGGACCUGCUUCCAUGCAGACUGCAGUGUAUGCAUGUCCAGCGAGCAAAGGGUGGCCCGAGUGUCCUUUAAUCCACGCAGCCUCACAUCAGUCUGCACUGAAAAGAAACCAUUCCCAUCGAAAUGGAGGUCCUGGAUAGAGGUCUGCAUCUCUUGGGACAGGAUGGCAGUCUGAAGCCAAAAGCUGCACCUCAUAACCACUGCCACCGUGACCACCCUACCUGCCUUGUCCACUGCGUCCCACACCAUUUGGAGGGAGCACCUAGCCACCAUGGUGCCCUCCUCCACCAGGUUGCUGAAUUCCUGGGCCAGACCCUGUAGGAAGGACUCCUUGAACUUAUGGAGGGAGUCCCAUAAGUUAAAAUUGUACCUGCCCAAGAGGGCCUGAAUACACCACCCGGAAUUUCAGGCUGGCUGUUGAAUAAAUUUUUC